UGUCCGUACAGACAUGGACAGAGUUAAUUUCAAAGUAAACGGAGUUAAUUGUUCGGUGGGUUGCGAGGUAAGUUCACAGUUAACCUUGGUGGACUACCUGCGAGAUUUUCUGGAGCUACGUGGUACGAAGUACAUGUGCCGCGAAGGUGGCUGCGGCUCUUGUAUCGUGAGCGUUGUUAAAACUGCUGGUGCUCAACCAAUAUCAGUCAAUUCGUGUUUGGUGUCAAUCACUUCUUGUGAAGGAUGGGAAAUUACGACCGUAGAAAAAGUUGGCAACCGACUUUCCGGAUAUCAUCCUGUCCAGAAAGCAUUAGUUGAACACAAUGGCACUCAAUGCGGUUAUUGUUCACCGGGUUGGGUCAUGGCAAUGUACAGUCUUAUUAACAACAAAAAUGAUCUAACUAUGCUUGAUAUAGAGAAAUCAUUUGGAAGUAACAUAUGCAGAUGUACUGGAUACAGGCCUAUACUAGAAGCUUUUAAGAAAUUUGCUAAAGAUGCUCCACAAUUUGACAAGAUACUUGAUAUAGAAGAUUUGCAUGUUUGUAGUAAAACUGGCAAAAACUGUGAUAAACACGAUUGUCAAGAAGAAGAUUGGUGCAUUGUUUCUAAAUCUGAUGUCGAUGCACCAACUUCAAUAAAAAUACUUUUGAAAGACGGCAAAUAUUGGUUUAAGGUAUCGACAAUAAGAAACGUAUUUGAAAUUUUAGCUUUUACAGGAGACGACUCUUAUAUGUUAGUUUCAGGAAAUACAGCGAAAGGAGCGUACCCCAUAGAUGAAUAUCCUCGAAUUCUCAUUGACAUAAGUGAUGUGACGGAAAUCAAGGGGUGUUUCUUAGACCAAAACUUGGUAAUUGGAGCCGGUAAUACUUUAACAGAACUUAUAGAUAUCUUUAAAACUAUGUCUAAUGAAGUAUAUUUUGAAUAUCUAAAGAAAUUUUAUGAUCAUCUCCAGUUGGUUGCGCAUAUCGCUGUAAGAAAUCUGGGAUCAAUGGGAGGUAAUCUAAUGAUAAAACAUCAAUAUAAUGAAUUUCCGUCAGAUGUUUUUCUUUUAUUAGAAACUGUUGGGGCACAGUUAACUAUAGUUAAUCAACGAGGCUUACAGCAAAGAGUUUCAAUGUCGCAGUUCCUGAAAUUAAACAUGAGGUCCAAAAUAAUAUUAAAUGCUUUACUACCGCCCUUAGCUGAGGAUACUAAAAUUGUAACGUUCAAGGUAAUGCCUCGGGCACAGAAUGCCCAUGCUGUAGUGAAUGCUGGAUUUUUAUACAGGUUAAGAAUAAAAGACAAUAAAUUAGUGCAAACUAGAUUGGUGUUUGGUGGAUUAUCAUCAGAAUUUAGUAGAGGAUACUUAACUGAGAGGUAUUUGUUUGGGAAAAUGCCGUUUACAAAUGAUAUACUCUUAAGAGCAGUGAAGACCCUAGAGAAAGAGAUGGUGGUGACAGAAACGGGUCUAUUGUCAGAAUGGUCUGUGGCAUAUAGAAAGAAACUGGCUCUAGGCCUGUUUUAUAAAGGAUUAUUGGCCAUAUGUCCUCCCGAAAUACUGGGUUCUCGUUAUGUCUCUGGAGCAAUAAAGAUACAUGAAACAAGACCAGUUUCUGACUCUCGACAAAUAUUUGAUACAAAUCCGGCUCUGUGGCCAUUGAAUCAACCGUUAGAAAAAGUUGAAGCCACGAUUCAGUGUUCAGGUGAGGCUCCUUAUACAGAAGAUUUACCUUGCUUUCCCAGAGAGGUAUAUGCCGCAUUCGCACUAUGUACCGUUGCUGCGGGGAAUAUAGAAAGCAUCGAUCCGAGUACAGCUCUGGAACAACCAGGCGUUUUGGCAUUCUACACAGCAAAAGAUAUACCUGGUUUAAAUUCAUUUACUCCAUCUGAUGCUGUAUUGUAUUCAACAAACGAAGAAGUAUUAUGUGACAAUGUAGUGAGGUAUUUCAAUCAGCCUUUUGGCAUCGUUGUUGCUGAAACACGAGAUAUAGCUGAUAGAGCUGCAAAAAUGAUUACAGUAAAGUACAACAAUGUAACAAAACCAGUAAUUAAUAUCAAGGACGCUAAGAAUGAUCCUAAUAGACGGAAAGAGUACACAGCGAAUAAUUCUACAGAUAAGGGCAAUGAUGUAGUGAAGGUAAUAAAAGGAGAAAAUACUUUUCAUGAACAAUAUCACAUGCCUAUGGAGACCUUAGUAUGUUUAACCCGUCCAACAGAGGAAGGAUUAGAAGUACAUGCAGCAACGCAGUGGACCGAUGGUAUACAGUUAAUGAUUUCGCGAGCAUUGAAUAUAGAACAAAAUAGAAUAGAUGUUUAUGUGCGGCGACUUGGAGGAGCUUACGGCUAUAAAAUAUCUCGUACUACCCAAUUAGCAGUUGCUUGUAGCCUAGUAACUCAAAAAAUGAAUAGGCCUUGUCGAUUCAUUCAAUCAUUAACAACUAAUAUGAGGGCGGUUGGAAAAAGAUAUAAUGCAACAAGUGACUAUGAAGCUGGGAUUAAUGCUUCAGGAAUAAUUCAAUAUUUAAACUAUAAUCUGUACGAAGGUAAUGGAUAUACCAUUAACGAACAACUAUCGAUGCUUAGUAUUGGAGUUUACAAUAAUUGUUAUAAGAAAACAAGAUGGAAUUUUAAGGGUUAUGAUGUCAUCACUGAUUUAGCCAAAAAUACGUUUUGUAGAUCUCCAGGUACUUUUGAAGCUAUUUCAAUGGCAGAAUGUAUAAUGGAACAUAUUUCCUACGAACAAUCUCUGGAUCCAAUAGACUUACGCCUGGCCAAUUUAGAUGACGAACACAGCGCAAUUAGAGAAAUGGUUGAAACAUUAAAGUCUAAUUCAAAUUAUGCUGAAAGAAAGAUAUCAGUUUCUAAAUACAAUGUGGAGAACAGGUGGAAAAAACGUGGUAUACGAGUUUCAUUAUCAAAAUGGACACCGGCUGGAGGACAGCAGUUAGAUGUAAAUCUGUCAGUUUAUCAUGGCGAUGGAACUGUUGCUAUAACUCAUGCCGGUGUAGAGAUGGGUCAAGGAGUAAAUACAAAAGCUGUUCAAAUAUGUGCAUAUCUUCUGAAUAUACCUGUUAGCAAAAUUCAGAUUAAAGGCAAUAAUACAAUAAUAGCACCGAAUUGUUUUAUAUCGGGUGGCAGUUUUACAUCUCUGAAUGUUGGUCUUGGUGUACAAAGGUGUUGUGAGCAACUUUUACAGAGAUUAGAUCCCAUAAAAAAAACGAUGAAUAAUCCAACUUGGGAAGAAUUAAUAGUAAAAGCUUUUCAAUCUAACAUUGACUUGCAAACUCAUGGAUUUAUAAGUUUUCUUGAUACUGUAGAUUAUAAUAUUUAUGGUGUAGCAUGUGCUGAGGUAGAAGUGGAUGUAUUAACUGGAGAAUUAGAAAUAUUAAGGGUGGAUAUAAUACAAGACGCUGGUCGGAGUGUAAAUCCUGAAGUAGAUAUGGGACAAAUAGAAGGAGCAUUUGUGAUGGGUCUAGGAUAUUGGACAAGCGAAAAUAUAAUGUUUUCCAAUACAGGAGAGGUUCUUUCUGAUCGAACGUGGAAUUAUUAUGUACCUCAGGCAAGAGACAUACCUCAAGAUUUUAGAGUGUAUUUUAGAAAAAAAUCAAUGGGCGCCGAUCUUUUUUUGGGUGCUAAAGCUAUUGGGGAGCCUCCUCUUUGCCUUUCUGUGGUAAUACCCUUUGCUAUUAGAGAAGCUAUUGUUUCUGCAAGAUCAGAUAGUGGACUUUCUAGCUCUACUUGGUUUCCUUUAGAUGGACCAUGUACAGUUGAAAGUAAUUGUUUGUUAGCUGAAACUUCCCUCGAGCAAUUUAAGUUCAAUUAAUGU